UCAUGCAGUGAGCACUUCAGUCUGUGCUGCUUCUCAUUCCAUUGACAACCAAGUCCAUGACGUCUUUCUACUGGGCAAGGUUGUAGUGAUACCGGUCUAUUGCAAUGGGAGUGAAAGACCGUCCCCAGUGUUUUUUUGAUAUCGAAAUAAAUCGGGAGCCAGUUGGUCGAAUUGUAUUUCAACUUUUCUCAGAUGUGUGUCCUAAGACCUGCAAAAAUUUUCUUUGUCUCUGUACAGGGGAGAAAGGAAUUGGAAAAAUAACAAAAAAGAAACUGUGGUAUAAAGGCUCCACUUUUCAUCGUGUUGUUAAAAACUUUAUGAUCCAAGGAGGUGACUUCAGUGAAGGUAAUGGAACAGGAGGUGAAUCUGUAUAUGGUGGAUACUUCAAAGAUGAAAACUUUGUGCUUAAACAUGACAGAGCAUUCCUUUUGUCAAUGGCAAACCGGGGAAAGGAUACUAAUGGCUCUCAGUUUUUCAUAACAACAAAAGCAACACCUCAUCUUGAUGGAGUGCAUGUAGUUUUCGGGCUGGUCAUUUCUGGUUUAGAUGCAAUCAGUCAGAUUGAGAAUUUGAAAACCGAUAUUGCCAGUCGUCCAUAUGCAGAUGUUCGCAUUGUUGACUGUGGAGUGCUUGAGACAGCAUCAUCAAAGGAUGCAUUGGAGAGAAUCAAAAAAGUGGUGUCUCCUUAUUCAUCUGAAGUGUCUAAGAACUCAUCAGAUGGUUCUAUACUGUCCAAGUCAUCUGAUCCUGAAAGUGAAGUUGAAGAGAAGGAGAUAGAAAAAAGGGUGAAACGAAAAAGGAAACACAAAUCUAAGUCUUCGAAAAAGAGACGAAAGGAAGACAAAAAGAAAGAUGAGACAAGAAGUAAAAGAACUUCCCAAAGUAGUCACAAUGAGAGAGUUGCUAGUGAAAAAGUAUCUGAGUCUUUCUCAAGGAGAGAAAAACCUCUUGUACGACCUGAAGAAAUUCCUCGAGUACCAGAAAAUAGAUUUUUAUUAAGAAGAGAUACACCAGUGUCCAUGCAAGACUCUGAAAUAGCAUCUCUUGCCACAUCAGGAACUUCCAGUGACCAUAAACCAGUUGUAUCCAAGUCUGGACGCAAAAUCAAAGGAAGAGGCACAAUUAGAUAUCACACUCCUCCUGGAUCAAGGUCUCAUUCCGAGUCUGACGAUGACAAUGGAAGCAGUGAAACACCACCUCAUUGGAGAGAAGAAAUGCAGAGACUUCGGGCUUAUAGACCGCCUAGCGGAGAAAAGUGGAGCAAAGGAGACAAGUUGAAUGAUUUGUACUCCAGUAGGUGGGAUGACAGAAGCCCUGCUCGUAGAUCACGCUCAUGGUCUCAUGAUGGUUAUUAUUCUGAUCACAGUACUGGGAGGUCUGGUCACCGCAAGAAGCGCAAAAAGGAGAAGAAGGCAAAACACAAGAAGAAAACAAAGAAGGCAAAACAUGCAAAGCGGCAUAAAUCUAUCAAAAAUAAAGCAAAAGAUGCAUCUCCAUCUUCAGACAUAGAGUCAUCUCAUUCCUCAAGCAGGAGGACAAAAUUUUCUCAUGAUCAUUAUAGAAGAUCUCAUUCUCGCUCUGUCUCUUCUGGACAUUCAUCUAAAAGACAGUGGUCCAAGUCUGAUAGUCCACACAGUUCAUCAGUAUCAUCCAGAAGGAGGUCACAUUCAUUUUGUAGGUCUAGAAGCCGGUCCAAAUCUUAUUCCAGAACAAGUUCAAGGUCUAGAAGUAGGUCAAGAUCUUCUGUAAGUUCUAGAAGCAAUACAUCCUCCAGAUCUAGUUCCAAACCUAGACUGCAGAAAAAGUUGCUAGUACCAACUGCUGUACCACAUGUAGUUGAUAAGCCAAAGAUACCUGAGCCAUUGAAAUUGUUACCACAAAAAAAGGAAGCUGCUGCAGCAGUUCUUGUAACAGAAAAUAUUUCUGUAGUGCCUCUUAGUGACAGUCCUCCACCUUCAAGAUGGAAACCUGGACAGAAACCUUGGAAACCUUCUUAUGAGAUCCAUAAGGAAAUGAAAGCCAAGGCUGCCCAGCCUGUACUUCCCCAGAUUGGCAGUGCUACAACAAACACCAAAACUGACAAUUCUUUAUCUCAGAGCAGACGACGCACAAGUUCAGAUAGUGAAAGAAGUGACUAUUCAAGACAUUACAGUGAGAGAAGUUCAAGUUAUAGGCGAAAGUCAAGAAGCAGAUCUUCAAGAAGUAGAUCAUAUAGUAGAUCUUACAGUAGAUCUCAUUCUAGAUCUAGGAGUAAAAGUAGUAGAUCAAAGUCUCUUGGUAGAUAUCACAGUGGUUCUUCUUACAGUAGAUCAUUAUCAAAUGAUUCUUACAGUGGUGAUGACAGACACGGCAGCAAAAAUGAGCGGCUAACAAAUUCUAAGCAAAAAGAAGAUGUAGAAAGUUUAAGCAUAAAAUGUUUGAAAAAACGUCGUAGACAACAAGUGUAUCCAGCUGGAUCAUCCUCAGAUUAUGCAACAGACAGUGAAAAAAGUGAUUACACUGGAAAAAACAGAUAUAAUUCACAGGCCAGAAUUUUAAAGACCAAGUCUGAUGUGCAGUUAGAAGGUGGUGAGAUAACGGCUGACAAUAAUAAAGAAAAGUGCUGCAUAGUUUCUUCAGUCGAAGAUCCAAAGUCUAGGUUGGGGUGGGACAGUGAUGGUAACUCUUCAGACAGACCAAGACCAGCAAAAACUGAACCUGCUGAAACCUGUUCUUUUGACUCCCAUCAGAAAGGGGAAGAAAAGAGUGUACAACAUUUCUAUAAAAUGGAACCAAAUGUACAACCUGCUAGAAAUGUAGACAAUGCUAGCAAAGAACCCAGACAUUCAUCUGAAAAAGAAGAAGGAGAGGCUUCUUCAGGCUCUGACAACAGCUCAAAAAGUAAAAUGUCAGGCACAAGGUCACGGUCCUCCCAAAGGUCAUCAUCUUUGUCUUCAUCAGCAGAUAAAUGUGGAGACUUUAAAAAGUCAUCUUUUCGUACCACUUUACGACAGACUUCGCAGCAUGGUAAAGACAAAAUUACCAAAAACAGGACAAAAACAAAUGAGAAGUCCACAGUGAAAAAAGCUAAAAUUGGGAAAAAGAUAAAAAAUAAAAAAGUUCAAAAACAAAAAGAGGCUUUUCUCUGGCAGCCUCCCCUUGAAUAUGGAGAAGAGGAGGAAGAAGAUGUUGCAACUGAUCAGAUCUCAUUUAAUAAACAUUUAAAGGAAGGAAGUAAUAAAGAAAAAGAAGCACGUAAAGAGAAUGAUACACAUGAAGGUGUAGAAGAAUGCCUGUUAAGUAAAGUGGUAACCGAGUACAUUGCUGAGAUGAAUGAAUAUGUUGCUCGUGAGUUACCUGAUAACCAAGAUGAGCAUAUUGAUGCUGACGUUAAAGUAGAUGAAGCUUGUAACAGUGAAUUGAGUGUCAUCCCAGAAGAGGCAGAGCUCUCACAUUCGGAUGGAGUAAGUCCUUUAGCAGCCAUUACUAACCCUGACCACUGUGAAGAUGAUAUGGACAUUUGUACCCCUGAAAACUCUCCUAAGAAAAGUGACAAUGAAGGUUUUAUUAUUGAAGGUCUUAAAUCAGAAAAUGAUGCUGUUGAACUUAAAGAACCUGAUGUCAAAGAACAUACUUCUUUAGAAGGUACUAUAGAAAAAAGAAGCCAUUUAGUAGACAUUUCACAAAAAAUUAAUCAAGACAGUCAAGAAGUGGUGGGCAGAAAUGACAGCAGUGACGCAAACAAUGCAGUAGGAGUGAAUGUACAAAACCUACCACAGAACAUCAAAUGGAAGCCAGUACAAGCAGCAGUCAAUGUGAAAUCUGGAGAGGUUGUGAACAGUUUAACAGAGCCAGAAAAUAAAUUGCAAAGUGUGAAAAUAGAAAUAAAAAGCAAUAACAAAGUUAGACCAGGUUCUCUUUUUGAUGAAGUUAGAAAGACAGCACGACUUAAUCGGAGGCAGAGAAAUCAAGAGAGUUCUAGUGAGGAAGUGUCUGCUAGUGAAGAUGACAAGAGUCCAUCCAGAAGUUCAAGCAGAUCUCACCACAAAUCAGAGUCACAGUCAAGACAUUCAUCAAGAUCUAGGAGUAGGUCACGUUCCUACAGUCGCUCUAGAAGUCGAUCCAGAAGUUCCAGUUACUCUUACAGAUCGAGAACUCAUUCCCGUAGUCACAGCAGGAGAAGAUACAGCCGGGGACGUUCAAGAAGCCGUAGUAGCUCAUACCAUAGUUACAGAAGCAGGAGUAGGACUUACAGUAGAAGUCGAUCAAGAAGCAGGUCUCAUGCUCGCCAUCGACGAUCAAGAUCCUAUACAUAUGAUAGCUAUGACAGCCGAAGCCGCAGUCGAAGCCGGAGCAGGAGAAGUGACAGCUACCAUAGAUCUCGGAGUUAUGACAGGCGCUCUAGAAGUCGGAGGUCUUCUCGGUCAUAUAGCAGGAGUGAUCGCAGUUACUCUCGUCAUCGGAGCUAUAGCGGAAGCAGCAGAUCUAGCUGAAAAUCGAUAUUCUGAUUUAUGUGGCCUUGAAUUUUAAACCCCAUGCAUAACUGACAGAAGCAGUGUUGCCACUGUAUUUCUGAAGAAUCUGAAAGUAGCAGUGCCUGAUUUUAGAGUGGGCAGUUGAAUUAACUGCCUAUGAUGAAUUCUUAUGUUCUGUUUGUACAUGAAGAAUGUGAACUGUUGCCUGUUUUGGUUAAGCAGAUUAAGUGGAAUGGUGCUGUGCACAAAUAUGUACUGUCACGUGCCAAGAGAGCUGUUGACCGUUUACAUUGAACAGAUUUUUACCAUGCAGUAGACGAUGAGUAUAGAUGCCUUCUCAAACUAAUGUAAAUAUGUAAAGUAUUUAUUGCACCUUUAAUUGUUGACACAGAAGUAUAACGUUUUUAUGAAAACAGAUUUGAGAAUAUAGCUACAGAACCAGAACAUGUUUUCUGGACUUUACAAAGAAUGCCAUUUUGAAUAUUUAUAUGUGUACAGUAUAAAUAUGUAAAUUUUUUUCUGGCCUUUUCUAUGUGAAAGUACCAUUUAAGUAUGAAUGUAUUUAAUGCAGGUAACAGGUAUUUGUAUGCUGUACUGCAUACGCCAGAUUAAUUAAUUUAUAGAUGUUAUUCUAGACAGAAGUAAUGAGGAAAAUAUUUCUGUCCCAAGUCAUUUUGGGUUUAUGAUGAGAGGCGUUGGAGUCAGUUGUAAAAAACUACAUCUUCAUUUAAUUUAUUAUUUUUUGUUUCCUUUAUAAAGCAAAAACAAAUACUGGGUAGAUUUUGUUGGUGUUUUAACCAGAUUUUUUUUUCCUCCAUAUUGUAGGCUGAUCAGCACUUGUUAAGGAACUGGAGUGAAAACAAUAACUUUUAUGUAUAAUAAUAAAUGGUAUUCUUUGACUAAAAAGCCAAAACAUGAAA